AUGUGCAACAUUCUCAUCGUUGGUGUCGCUUAUAAUGUGCUCACAUUAGUAUCUUCGCCAAAGCUGACUAACUUCAGUGGUCGUGUUUCUCAAGUACCCUGUUGUUGUACCAACAUUUAUGGACGAACAUGCUCAUCGCAGUCAAUGAAUUGUUCAAGACGUGUUUCAGAUUUUUGGAAAGUGAGGCUUGUGUCGCAAAAUGCCAGCGGAGAUAAGAUUUACUUCUUUCCUUCGUUGUUGGAAUGGCUGAAAGAAAGACCGCAGUGCGUUCUCAAUUCUGCUUUGGUAGCGAAAGAGAUCGAGCUGGGUAUACAACUACCAGACAAGUUGGCGGCGGCUGCGCAAAAAGAAUAUGGCACUCAAGGUGUUAGGGGAGAUCCAGUAACUUCGUACAUUGGUGGCUAUGUGAAUAUUAAACCUUCUACACAAGAUCUAGUGAAACAUCUGCAACGAAGCUAUUUGGAUAUGUACGAGCGCAAUGAACACUGUCCCUCCCGAGAGUUGGUGUCUCUGAUUGAUGCAAGCCUUCUUCUUGGUGUGGUCUCUUUCGCGCAAAGAUUGAGCGAAGAAAAUAACUAUGAACAUGAUCUAUUGCAGUUACAUCACAAGUUGUCUAGCUCAGAUAUAUGGGACGAGUACAAGACUUUGGUGAUGCUGCGCUUGUCUCGUGGUGGAGCACCGUCUCCGGAGAUGCUAGAAGCCGCUACAAUUACCAGCCUAAUGUGUGAUAUAAUGGCUGGUCCAUCGACGCGACGUAUGUCGGCGAUUGCUCAACUGGCUGUUAUUGGGCUGAAACUAGAUGCCAUGGUUCUCGCGAAACUAUAUUUUCCCAGCAGCGAUCUUUGUGAGCAGCUUUCUGACGAAUGUUCUAGUUUCUUCGAGGAUUCCGUGAAUUCUGAAGCAAAGGAAAUUGCGGAGAUGAUCGGCACGGCUUCCAAGCCAUUCUUCAACCAACAUCUUCUUCGUUUUGCGGAUCAGGUUGGUCGACUAGAAAUCUCGAAAAAUGUCCGAUAUGUGAUUGCUCAUGCUCUGGCUUAUCGAAACUUCGAAGCUAUUGCUUUAAUAACGGAAGAUGCUGUUGGUCAUCUGGAUAAGUAUUCAUUUUUCACAGAGUUGGAGCAAAUUGUAGCGACUGAAAUGCUCUCUGAAGCCUCGCGCAUGAUCUUCCAUGCAAAACCGGCAUCAGCUGGAUGGAAAAAGCAGAGGGAUGAAGGAGAUAAGUUGGGAUGCGCGCUGCAACAGCAUCCAAAUGGAUACUUCGGAGGGUUGAUUGACAUGUGGAUCAAACGAGGUUCACUAAUCGAGAUCACCAGAACUCAAGAUACAUAUCGUCAACACAGCCUUCUAACUUCGAUCGAGGGCAUUGCUUCAGUGCUCCGUAGUGAUGACCUGCUCAAUCCUAUUUGCAGGACUCCCUGCUCGGAAGAUUUGCUCGUUAAUACUGAAGCACAUCAGAAGAAGGUCGAAGAAUCCGUGCUGAAAGAGCGUUCUGAAGGUGCCAAUGCUGUGAAACGAAAGGGUGAAGAGGAAUUCAACAGCGGUUGUCGUCAGCUGCAGAGAAGACGUGUACCUCAAGAAGAAAACAUGCCUGCAGAGAUACCAGUUGAACGGGCCGUAACGUCUACAGAGAGCGAGCAGAAUUCUGAAAUGAAUGAUAACUCUUCGGUCGCACCUUCCCGAUCAGUAUGUGAACAGAAAUGCAAAGCAGACUGGUGCGAUGGUUGCGAAAUCAAAGCCGGAAUCCUCAAGAAAAUUAAAAUAAAGGAAGAGCCGACUUCGCGUAGUUUCAUUCCACCACCCUCUGUGGCCAUGGAUAGUGCAGAUCAGUCUAGUGAUCGGCGCGCGAUAAGUGUGCAGAUGUCGGUUAUGCCGAAGCUGCUAUCCAGCAAGAUAUUUUGA